AUGGCUUUUAGACCGUUAACAGACGCCGAAUGUGGACAGGCAAAUCCACUGUCAAGAUUAACUUCUCACAUAACACACGAUCACACAUUUUCUGAUAGUCAUGGGCAAGUCUUUCCAAGCAGUUCUGAUCAAUUGGUCGAGCAGUUUCUUCAAGAAACCAGAGCAAUACCACAGACAUUCAGAAUGGAUGAUCUUAUGAGGGAAAUGCACGAAAUUGAAUCACAAAGAUCGGCUUUACCUCCAGUGCCAGCUUCUACUGUAAAAGAUACAUUACAUGAUGAUGCCUGGGCACAACAAUAUAUUGAGGAUGGAAAAACAUUUACUGAGCACAAUCAUGAUGCAAUAUGGUCGGAAAUAUUGUCACAGGAACAAAAUAACUUAUCCAAUUAUGAAAAUUUGUGGGAUACAGAAUUUGCUGAACAGCAAGCUGGUCCAAGUAGAACACAGCAAACUGCUAAGGAACUUAGGGAGUCUAUGGAUGACCCCAAGUUUGUUUAUUCAAAGUUCAUGAGGUUCAUGAAAAAUGUUGAAGAUGGUGAGGUGGUGUUGGAAGAUGGAAAGUUGACAGAACAAGAGGCAGAAGAUUGGAGCCACGAAUAUUUAACAACAGAAGAUAAAGAAACUCAAGAAGAGGAAGCUGAUAAAUGGGCUAAUGAACAUACACAAGAAAACGAUGACUUCAAUUCGCGGUUUUGGGAUAAACUGCAAGAAGACAUGAAAAAAGUAGUAGAAGGGGGAGGGGAAGACAGCGCAUGGGCAGAUGAAUUUGACAAUAUGUACAAUACUCCACAAAAAGAGUAUGUAUUUAGCGAAGAAAAUCCCAUGUUUGAUAUAAAUAAUCCGUUGGAAAGGGGGAAAGCCCUCUUGGAAGAGGGGGAUUUCCCCAGUGCUGUUUUGUGUUUUGAGGCAGCUGUUAAAAAGGAGCCUGAAAAUGCUGAAGCUUGGUUUUUGCUGGGAAAAACGCAGGCUGAAAAUGAACAGGACCCGAACGCAAUCCCGGCGUUGAACAAGUGCCUUGAGCUCGACUCGACGAACCUAGAAGCGCUGAUGGCGAUGGCGGUGAGCUACACGAACGAAAGCUACUACAACCAGGCGUGCAACAUGCUGCUGCAGUGGCUGAAGCUGAACCCGAAGUACGGCGACCUGGUGCCGCCCAACGUUAAAUUAUCCGGGCAAGUUACAAGUGUACUCAAUGAAGCGCGCAACGAAGAAAUUCAGAGCUUAUUUAUAAAAGCGGCGCAGAAAAAUCCGAUGGACUUGGACUGCGACGUCCAGUGCGGCCUCGGGGUGCUUUUUAACCUUAGUUCGGACUACGAUAAAGCGGCCGAUUGUUUUAAGGCUGCUCUGACCGUCAAACCUACAGACGCCAGACUUUGGAAUAGGCUAGGUGCAACUUUGGCCAACGGUUCCAAUCCGGAAGAAGCUGUGGACGCGUAUUAUCGUGCUUUGAAAAUCGCGCCAGGUUUUAUUCGAGCUAGAUAUAACGUCGGAAUUACGUGUAUUAACUUGAACUCCUACAAUGAAGCAGCAGAACACUUUUUGACGGCCCUCAAUCAACAAGCGAGGGGUAAAGACGUUGAAAACGCGGGCGCCAAAUCGCAAAUGUCGGAAACCAUUUGGUCGACAAUGCGCAUGUGCGUCUCCCUGAUGAACCGGCAAGAUUUAAAACCCCUGGUGGACGACAGAGAUUUACAAGGGUUGAAUCAGGCGUUCAAUUUCACGCCCGAUUCCUAG